AUGGGUCCGAGUUCACCAGCGAUUGGUCAGUCGGUCGCAUCACCAAUUCAUCUACGCUGCCUGCUUGACCGUCACAUCGACUUCGUAAUCGGAAACCAGUCGGACGACCGGUCGGUUGGUCAAUCCAUUCAACAGAACGUAGCCGUCGUCACGAGCCGUCCUUUACACACGCUCUGUGCGAUCAUCCGGUUUUCGCAAGGGUCGACGAACUGA